AUGAAUGAACCAAACGAGAAGAUCGAACACAGAGAGCUGUCGCGUGAAUUACAGAAACUGGUGUCGAGCAACUCGGAGCUCGGAUCGAGGCUGUUGUCGUUGCUGCUGGUCAGCACGGGUAACGGGAAAGAGAUCAUCCAGGCGGUGAAUGGUGGGGGGAGCGACGGGGCUAGUAGUGGGGCUGGCGGUGGGGCCACCGCCGACUAUACGGAGGCAGAAUUGGCCGAGUUUCGCCGCAUUGAGCAAGAGAAAAAACGGAAAAACACGGAAGCGUCGGCAAGGUUCCGGGUUCGCAAGAAGCAGCGUGAGCAAGAGAAACUGGCCACGCUGAAACAACUGAAUAACCAAAUCUCCGAGCUGUAUGUCACGAUCGAUCGACUGCUGGACGAAAACAAGUUUUUGAAGCUUCGACUCGAAGAAGUUAACGAAAAAAAAUCACAAGCGCUUCUGGACAAUCUGCGCAGGCGGCAUGGCAGUCAAUGA